AUGGCAGAGGAAAAGGGUCAUGGCGUCGACUCUGACUCGGAGCGGGCCGAGGCGUUGAAUAGGUUUCGCUCGGCGGCGAGCAUCAGCAUGACACCCGAGUUGUUCGAGAAGCUGUACCUGGCGCCGCAGAGUAAGGUCAAGGGCCAUCUCAGAGAUACAUUUGGAAACCCAACACCAAUUGCUCUUGUGGGCUUUCUCAUGGCUCUUACACCAUUAUCAUGUGCUCUUAUGGGCUGGCGAGGAGCAAGCGGUGGCGGCGCAGCAACAAUCCCGGUAUACUUCUUCCAAGCCGGCAUCCUCAUGACGGUUGGCGGUCUCCUCGAAUGGAUCCUCGGCAACAGCUUCCCUGCCGUCGUCUUCACCUCGUUUGGCACAUUUUGGUUAUCUUACGGAGGUGUUUUGAACCCGUCGUUUGCUGCGUUUUCUUCGUACGCAAAGGCGGGCGAAGAUGGUACCGAGGGGCUUCAGACAACUGGUUUCAAUGCCAGCCUGGGCUUUUGGUUCCUCUUCAUGGGACUACUUAGUCUUGUCUUUCUUAUUUGUUCACUGCGUACCAAUGUCGCCUUCUUCAUCAUCUUCCUGACACUGGUUAUUGCUUUUGGGCUGUUGACUGGAGCGUAUUGGGCAAUGGCAGAGGAUUUCGUGGGCAAUGCUCACUAUGCAAACAAGUUGCUUGUGGGAGCUGGCGCCUCAGCUUUUGUAACGUGUCUGGCGGGAUGGUACAUUCUGUUGGCCAUUUCGCUUGCGAUAGUCGACUUUCCGAUUCAGAUUCCAGUGGGUGAUUUGAGCAAUGUGGUCAAGGGCAAAUCCAUUAGGGAGCACUGA